AUGUGGAGAGCGCUCGCCGCCGCUCCCGCCGCCCCGGCGCGGGCCCUGCUGCGCGCCCGGCCGCCCCAGCGGGCGGCCAGCCUGGCCGUGUCCCCCGCCGCCGGCCCGGCCGACGAGCGGGUGGAGACGCGGGUGACGGGGCUGAGCCCGGGGCAGCCGGUGACUCUGCGGGCCCUGGCGGCCGGUGACCGCGGCUGCCUCUUCCAGUCGUGCGCGCACUAUCGAGCGGACAGCCGCGGGGAGCUGCACCUGGGCACGGACGCCUCCCACGGCGGGGACUACACCGGCGUGGAGCCCAUGGGGCUCUUCUGGAGCCUCUCCCCCGCCGCCAUGGAGCGGCCGUACCAGCGGCUCGUUCCCCGCAGCACCGACGCCCCGAUGAAGGUGGAGGUGUUGGUGCACCAGGGCCACAGCCCGCCGGGUGCCAUGCCCGGGCCCGUGGUGGCCAAGACCGAGGUGGAGAGGUGGUUCACGGCCCCCGGCGUGCGGAGGAUCCGGCUGAAGGAAGGAGUCGUAAGGGGCUCCCUCUUUCUGCCGCCGGGGGAUGGCCCCUUUCCAGGAGUGAUUGACAUGUAUGGUGACGAAGGAGGCUUGAUUGAACUUAGAUCCAGUCUCCUGGCUACCCGUGGUUUUGCUGCUCUUUCUCUGCCAUAUUUUGACUUUGAAGAUCUUCCUAAGGUUCUGAAAGAACUCAAACUGGAGUACUUUGAGGAGGCAGCUAGAUUCCUACAGCGUCACCCAAAAGUGAAAGGACCAGGAGUUGGAGUGAUUGGGACUGGAAAAGGGGCAGAAUUAGCACUCUCCAUGAUCACCUUCCUGCCAGAAGUCGUGGCUGCUGUCUCUAUCUCUGGCUGUAGUUCAAACACAGUUGCAGACCUCCAUUACGGUGAUAUCACUCUGCCUGGGCUGCGUUUUGAUAUGAACAAGGUCAGUGUCUCUGACACUGGUGUAUUUGAUGUUUUUGAAGCUCUGGAAGACCCAACGAAUCCUGCUAAUUCUCCUUGCACGAUCCCCAUUGAAAAAGCAGAAGGACACUUUCUCUUAGUGGUAGGGGAAGAUGAUCGGAUGUGGAAGAGCUCCUUAUAUGCUGACCUGGCAAUCAGGCGUCUACGCCAGCAUGGGAAGGAGAACUUUGAACUCUUGAGUUAUCCAGGAGCAGGUCACCGAAUUGAUCCUCCUUCUACUCCAUUUUGUCACAUAGCUAUGGAUCGUGUUUUGGGGGUACCUGUUCUGGGGGGUGGAGAGAGCAAAGCACAUGCCCAUGCACAGGAACACUCCUGGGGAAAGAUUCAGGAGUUUCUGCGCUUGCAUUUGGGAUGAACAUUUAUGCACAUGCAAGCUGUUGCAGAACUGCAAGGACUGAACUUGAGCCACCAAAAUGACUGGUGAAUUGGAGGGACUGACUGAGAAAAACCUUGAAAUGUGAAAUAACCAAAUGACUACUUAGCUACAAGUAUAAAUCAAAAAAAGGGAGAUUUAUUUGGAUCAGCCUAAGUUAUUUUAACUAGGUACACAAAGGAGAAGUGAAACAAUAAGCAGGCUGCACUGCCUUUGAUAGCUUUUGAUAGCCCAAAGUGGUCGUGAGAUGAAGAAAACAGUAUCCGAAGGGAGUAGUAGGUACUUGCUUGCUUGCGGUAUUUAUGACUUGGAGAAUGUUCACAGCCAGCGUGCACCCUCAGCAGUGACAGACAGGAUCACCCCUGGGGAAUGACGGAUGAUAAACUUUGACAUCAGAAUGAUGAAUGAUUCUGUCUUUGAGUCCUCAGUUACCUUGGCCUGGAACUCAGAUUUACAGCCAUAUACACCUUGGAAAUAUUUUCUAUUUGCAGGAAGCUGGAGACCUCUAUUUGCAAUGAGGCUUGUAUAUUUAAUAUACCUUAGGUAGUGGUCUUGUGGUGACACAGGCUGUUUCUUUCCAAGAAAAACUUCCUGUAGCACGAGAAAAUGAAGAGUACUUUUCCUGUCAUCCAGGGAGAAUGGCAACAUUAGCACUGAGUUGUAUUGGGGAUGUAAUUAUUUGUUCCUAUAAUGUCUUGGAUUGGCAUUUGACACUCAGGGUAUUAGUAUUCUGUCAGAUAGGUUAGAGCAUGGCUAAAUGCAGCCAGUAAGUAAGGGAUUAAUUACUCUUGGAACUUUUUAGUAAUGAUGUCAACAGAUGCUGAGAGCUGUUCUUAGGGAGAAAGCUUGUUCUUAGGGAAUGCUGAGAGAAAACCUUGCCUGUAGAAGAUUUAAACUGACUGUAAAAAGCUGUCACCUUAUGGCAAUGAUUAACUUAAGAGUCAUAAUUCUUAAAAAAAGAACUAAAAAAAAAACCCCAACCAAACUAACAGUGCCCUCCAAAAAAAACCUAAACCCAAAUCUAGGAUAUCUUUUCCAUCACUGCCUGAGAUUGGUUUUAUUCAUCCUAGUUAAUUUUUGGCUAGUACCUUAUUAUUCCCUACCAUUCAAGUAGAAAGAAACAACUUCUUCCCAAAUGAGUUGAUCUCUUGAGAGUGUCUUGCUGAAAUGGUGCCGGGUUUAAUGAGGACCUCUAUUAAAGCAAUUUCUCCUUCCAAAGUCAUUUUGUCAGACCAUUUUGAGAGCUGCCCGGGAAGAUACAAAACCUUUAUUUAUGGUACUCAGUUUUGUUUUGCUCUCAGGGAUCUUCUUUCCUCCAGUUAACCGUCAUGAUGCUGCUGCUCAGGCCUUACUAGCUUUCUGCAACUUAUUACUCCUUAUCAUUUGAUUAAAGUCACAUGUUCUUUACACGCAAUCAAUGCCAACCGAACAAUUUAUCCACCUUUACGAUUCUUUAGAAGAGAAGCUCCAUCCUGCUAACUCCACAUAAGAUGUCUUCAUACCUAGUCUCUAAACUUCCUCACCAGCUGAAGAGGCUUUUGCCAAGUCAUAUCUGGUGCUUGAACAUCCGCUAACACCAGCAGCCCCCGAAGUCCAGGAUCAGAGCCUGCUGUGAUGUGCUUGUUGGCGUCACUGAUACUUGGUACCCUGCCACUCAUUCCAAGUGGCAACCAUAGAGGAGAGGGUUGUCUGAAGGUUUCUUUUUGUCUUUCUGCCUUGUCCUUUGCAUCUUCAGUAGUCGGAGCUGUGUAAUUAACUGUGCAAGAGCAGCACCUCCCCUAACCCUGUUUUGUCACUCUCCCAGUGCUAAUACCUGUGUCUCCACACUGCAGUCCUACCUCAGCAUAUGCAUUGCUAUGCAAGAUUGCAGUCUGGAGGAUCAAGAAGUAAAUGUUAAUUUGUAAAUAAAAGCCAGGUAGGUUAAGAGUCCUCAGACUUAAUUUCUAAAGCACAAGCCUUUAAAAUAAUUCAGUGUUAGAUUUUGUCAGAUAUAUGCAAUUUGAAAGAGAAGUAAACCACUUUAUUGAAAAGCAACCUUGUGUAAGAAUUUGAUGUUAGAUUUUUGUUUCUGAAUAGUUCAUUUGUUUGGAAAAACUGAAUGAUAAUUUGUUUAAAAAGGAGAUUAAAAGAAUGUCAUUUUACUGUGA